UCUAGAUCUUGUUCUCCUUUUCCUGCAUUUGCCUUUUGUUUGUCAGAGAUAUUUCGUAGACCUAUCUUCUUAAUAUCCUGUAAUAUCUCUGGCGGAACCGAUGGCAAAUACUAACGUGCAGGAUAUUAGAAAGGCACAAAGAGCCGAGGGUCCGGCAACCAUCCUCGCCAUCGGCACCGCCACUCCUUCCAAUUGUGUUUCUCAGGCCGACUACCCGGACUACUACUUCCGUAUCACCAACAGCGAACACAUGACAGACCUCAAAGAAAAAUUUAAGCGCAUGUGCGACAAAUCGAUGAUCAAGAAACGAUAUAUGUAUCUGACUGAGGAAAUAUUGAAGGAGAAUCCAAACAUGUGUGCGUACAUGGCUCCUUCUCUUGACGCACGCCAAGACAUAGUGGUGGUGGAGGUGCCGAAGCUGGGGAAAGAAGCCGCGACAAAGGCCAUCAAAGAAUGGGGUCAGCCGAAAUCCAAGAUCACCCACCUUGUUUUCUGCACUACUUCCGGCGUAGACAUGCCCGGUGCAGACUACCAACUCACCAAGUUGCUCGGACUGAGACCCUCGGUGAAGAGGUACAUGAUGUAUCAACAAGGCUGCUUUGCUGGCGGAACCGUGCUCCGUCUCGCCAAGGACUUGGCGGAAAACAACAAGGGGGCUCGUGUUCUCGUGAUCUGUUCCGAGAUCACGGCUGUCACUUUCCGUGGACCCUCUGACACGCACUUGGAUUCCCUAGUGGGUCAAGCACUUUUCGGUGAUGGCGCUGCAGCUGUCAUCAUAGGUGCCGACCCUGAUACUAAAAUCGAACGCCCUAUUUUUCAGCUUGUAUCGGCUGCUCAGACGAUCUUGCCGGACUCGGAGGGAGCCAUCGACGGACACUUGCGUGAGGUGGGACUCACUUUCCAUUUGCUGAAAGACGUACCCGGCUUGAUUUCGAAGAACAUAGAGAAAAGCUUAGUAGAAGCCUUCUCCCCAAUUGGCAUUAACGACUGGAACUCAAUCUUCUGGAUCGCUCAUCCCGGUGGCCCAGCGAUACUCGAUCAAGUGGAAGCCAAAUUGGGUCUUAAAGAAGAGAAACUCCGAGCGACACGCCAUGUGCUGAGUGAGUUCGGCAACAUGUCGAGUGCAUGUGUGUUGUUCAUCUUAAACGAGAUGAGAAAGAAAUCGAUCGAAGAAGGGAAGGCCAGCACCGGUGAAGGGUUGGAAUGGGGUGUUCUUUUCGGAUUCGGACCAGGUCUCACCGUCGAAACUAUUGUGCUACAUAGUCUCCCCACCGCCCAUGCAAGUCACUAACGGAUCCGUCGUUCAACGGUUGAACUAAAACAAUAAUAACAAAUAAGAAAAAAGUGAGAGUUAUUGUUUGGUGUUGGGGAGAAAUGAAAACAUGAAAACUGUGCUAUGGUGUUGACGUAUUUUUAUAUUUUGUAAAGCGUAUGUGUAAUUAUGGUGUGAUCACCUAUCCCCUUGAUUAAACAAGAGGAGGUUCACAUUUUCGUGGAACUGAAUUAAACUGGAAUGAGUCCUUUACCUGCCCA